ACGUCGAGUUAAUGCGGCGAAAUUCAUCCUCGCUUAAUUUCCAUUAAUCUUUGGGUUUUAAGCUUACAAUUCAACGUCAAGUUUGACGGAUUUAGUUCUGUGUAACGCAUCUACAUCCUAAUUUUGCCCCUGUUUUUGUGAGCUUCGCCCGCUUCGACAUGUCAGAUGAAGCUGGAGACUCGACAGACAUGUCAGGCAAAAGUGACGUGCCUGCUAAAGGGGAUAAAAUGAAUGUGGACCAAGGAGACGCAAAUAAUGAUGAAGAGGAAAAGAAGAAACUUGAAGACGAACAGAGGGUUAAAGAAGAAAAUCGAAAUUAUUUAUUGGAUUAUAUACGGGACACAGAGAACCGGUAUCAGGAAUGGGAAGUAAUCAGGAAGAAGAACCUGAAUGUCACGAGACCAGAGGAGUCGUACUUUAGCAAACUGGAUUCAAACUUAAAGAAAAACACGGCAUGUGUUCGAAAGAUUAAAAAUUUCACGGCAACUCAGGAAGAGGCUAUCCUAAAGGACUUAAAAAGCUUGAACCUGACCAAGUACAUUAGUGAAAUUGCCGCCGCUUUGGUUGAAGCUAAAUUGAAAAUGACUGAUGUGCAGGCAGCUGUCAGCAUAUGCUCAUACCUGCACCAACACUAUGCAGAGUUUACUACGCACCUGUUAGAAAACUGGCAGAAAGCGUUGACCUUCAAGAGGGAUGAAAAGGUUCCCAACAUCAGCAAGUUGCGAGUGGACCUUCGUUUUUAUGCUGAAAUCAUUCACGCUGGAAUUUUCACCAACAAAGAAGGGCUGCCGUUAUUGGGCACCGCCCUGACAAACUUGACCAGUUAUGACAAAGAGGAGCACAACAAUAUCAACGUUCUCCUGAGUUUUUGCAAGCAUUGUGGAGAAGACUAUGCAGGGCUAAUGCCAAGAAAAAUCAGAAUUCUCUCUGAAGAAUUUAACAUGGCAGUUCCUGUUAGCCGACUGCUCCUGCCUGAAAAGCAGAAAAAUGUAAAGCAGCUAUUCAAAGACUACUGUUCCAGCCUAUGCAAACAUUUGGUUGAGGUUCACAAAGAGCUGCGGCAGUUUGAAUAUCAAAAUAAGAAAAUUCUGCAAACUAAAGGUGAGCUCUCACCAAGCAGGAAAGCCAAGGCUGAUGAUCUGCAUGCUGCAUACAAGAAACUGUUUGAAGGAACACAAUCGUUCUGCGAAAUCCUUGACGAGGACAUGCCUGAGCUUCAAGUUGAAGACAUUGCUAGAAAUGAAGAGCAGGAACUUAAAGUGUCGGGAGUUGACAUUGAGGAAUACACUAAAGAAUCCCUCUUGUGGGAAAAUGAGGACACAAGAAACUUUUAUGAAGACCUCCCUGACCUUAAGGCCUUUGUGCCUAGCAUUCUGUAUAAGGACAGUGCGCAGCCUACUAUCCAGCCUGAAUCUGAUGAGGCCAUUGAGUCUAAGCUGGAUGAGGAGUUGGAGGAGAUUGAGGAUGGAAAGGAAGAGGCGAAGAAAGAGGACACUCCCCCUGUUGAAGUCGAAGAACCCGAGGAGCCCGAGACAGUUUCAAACGCAAGUAACAAGAUCGUGAUGGAUGCAUUUGUGAACCACUUGAUGAACUGCGUCAAUCGGAACCUGGUUGACAACGCCGCCUCUGAGUUUGUUCUCAGUCUAAACACGCGGGUGAACCGAAAAAAGCUGGUGAGGUGUCUAUUUGGCGUGCAGCGCACCAGGACCGACCUGCUGCCCUUCUUCGCCCGACUGGUUGCCACCCUGCACCCCUGCAUGCCCGACGUGGCCACCGACUUGGCCCUCCGGCUAAAGCAGGAUUUUAAGUAUCACUUCAGGAAAAAGGACCAAAUCAACAUUGAGUCGAAGAUCAAAGUGGUCAGAUUCAUCGGGGAAAUGGUCAAGUUCAAAAUGUAUUCCAAAGUGGAGGCUCUGUACUGCUUGAAACUGCUUCUCCAUGACUUUACGCACCACCACAUUGAAAUGGCGUGCAACCUGCUCGAGGUUUGCGGAAGAUAUCUGCUUCGAUCCUUGGACACUCAUCAACGGACCAAAGUCUACUUGGAGCAAAUGAUGAGGAAGAAAUCUGUGAUGGCACUCGAUUCGCGAUAUGUGACCAUGAUCGAGAACGCUUACUACCAAGUGGACCCUCCUGAAGUUAGCCCAAGUCAAAUGCGCGAAGAACUGCCACCGAUGCAUGAGUACAUCCGCAAAUUGCUAUACCUGAACCUGAACAAACAGCCCGUCGAUAAAACCCUGCGGCAAAUGAGAAAGCUUAACUGGAAUGACGCGGAUGUUGCAGCAUAUGCGGUCAAAUGCAUGACUCACGUUUGGAACGUCAAAUACCUAAACAUUGGCUUCUUGGCCAGUCUCUUGGCAGGGCUGGCUGCAUAUCAGGACGCCGCUGCAACGCAAGUGGCUGAUGGCAUUUUUGAAGAGGUUCGGCUUGGAAUGGAAAUGAACCAUCCCAAAUUCAACCAGAGGCGCAUUGCAGUUAUAAAAUUCCUUGGUGAACUCUACAACUACAGACUGGUGGAAGGCGGUGAUAUAUUUAAGGUGUUGUACUCACUUAUCACGUUUGGCGUGAGUGAGGACCAAGAGAAUCCUUCGGUGCUGGACCCACCUGAAAACCUGUUCAGACUCAGGCUGGUCUGUGUUCUCCUGGACACCUGCGGACAAUAUUUCAACAGCGGCAACAGCAAAAAGCGGCUUGACUACUUCUUCGUAUACUUCCAAAACUACUACUGGAUGAAGCGUUCUCAUCCAAUGUGGACCGAAGACAAUCCAUUCCCGCUCGGGGUGGAGUACAUGUAUCGGGACACGUUAGGCACGCUGCGGCCGAAGAUGCGGCUACACAAGGACGUAGAGGCGGCCAAAGAGGACGUGAAGAAGCUGCAGGAGAAGCUGAUGGCUAUGCUGCCUAAGGAGCAGCCCAAAGAGGUGGCUGCUGGAUCCGGUGGGGGCGGCCUGGCUCCCAUCGCAGAGACUGCGCAGGAGGAGGAGGAAGAAGAGGAGUGGACGGAGGAGCAGCGGCGGACGCCUGACCUGCGGCCCAAAGCCAGGGGCCAGAGGCUCAGUCUGCACACCAUUCCAGAAAACGAGGAGGACCUUGACGGGCAGAUCAUUGAGGACACUUCAGACAAUGAAAAUUCAGAGCAGCAGGAGGUGGCCCAAGAGCACACUGAGAGCUACUCGCAGUCUCAGGGAGAUGACAUGGCACUGACAGGAGAUGACGUUGAGUUCCCUGCAGACUCAGAACCAGACAUAGUAAGCGAUCCGUUGGUGGACAACUAUCCACAGCGUAUCGAGUGCCCUGAAGAUAAUGACUUUAUGGCUGCGUUUGACAAGAUGAUCUCCGAGAACAUCCAAGAAAGAAUGAAAGAAACAGUGAAGCCGCCUCGGGUUGAUAUCUCGGUCCCAAUGAAUCUGAAGAGCAGUUCAAGCAAAAAGGGAUAUGACCAGCUGCUAAUGGAGCCAAAAGAGUCGACCGAGGAGAAGACCAUGAACUUUGUGCUGAUGGUGAGGAAAGGUAACAAGCAACAAUUCAAGAAUUUGGAGGUGCCCAUCGACUCAGAGUUGGCUCUGAAUUUGAAAAAUCGAGAGGAGGCUGAGCGAGCUGAGAAGAAGAGAGUGAAGAAGUUAACGCUGGAUAUAAACGAAAGACUGGAAGAGGAGGACUACCAAGAGAUGUUGGCACAGUUGCAAAGACCUGCGACUGUUGUGACAAGCAGGGAACGUAGGCCAAAAUACCAGCACCAAAAGGGUGCUCCUGACGCAGAUCUCAUAUUCGGUUCUAAAAAGUGAGUUUAGUUUCCUACUAGCCGACAGGCUUUGCAACAAAGUAAAAUGUAAAACUGUCAAGAAGAUUCACAAUAAAUAAUAUCGUUUAUUUU